GCGCUCAAAAAGUACUUGUAUCCCAUCUUUUCUUUUUCUUCCCUCUUCUCGCCUCUAUCACCUCCCCUCUUUUUUGUUUUCUCCAGUUCCAUUUCAUCUCUGUGUUUUCUGUGUUUCGCUCCAUUCUAUUGAGCCCCAAGCCAACAUGGGAACCAGAGGACAUCUCUUCGUCCGCUGCCGUGGUAGAUGGUUUAUCUACUAUAACCAGUUCGAUAGCUACCUUGAGGGCCUAGGGGACGCCAUCGUGAAACGGAUUCCAACCGACCCUGAGGAAUAUCAUAAAUGGCUCGAGUCAAUGAGAGAGAUCUACACUCGCCUUGCUCUGCAGUUCGAGGAGCACCACCUUCCCGUGGCCGUCGAAGUUGGUCAAGAGGAUGCUGAGGUCUCCAAGGAGGAAGUGUAUUCGAAGUGUUACUUGGCCAUCGAUGACCGCCUCGAAAGAGCUCCGAUGCUGACCAUGUCGAUUGACCACAUGAACGACUUGUUCAUUGAAUACACUUACACUGUCGACCUUGAUCGCGAGAUCUUCUCCGUCGACGACGGCGCUCAUUUCAAGCUCUCGAACGUGCCCCACGGUAGAGAGUGGAUUAAGUACGUUGGUCAAAACUCCAGGGAGUGCAGGGUACUCAAGCGCGGUACGCCAAAGGAGAUAGCCGCCAGCGUGGAAUGGAAACCUGACAUCGAGAGGAAGCCACGAACCUUGCCCGACGGCUUCAACAUCAAGACGGUCACACCAAAGAAUUCUGUUGCGUCAGUCAGUGCUCCCUGCCAGCACAUCUGGAUGAAUGCGUUCGAUCGUAUCAGGGCUACCUAUAGUUACCUCUUGACAAGGUAUAUCUCCAGCUGGGCACCAGAAGAGUUCUCAUUCAGGGAGAUGGCCUUUGCGAUACUCUCCUUGGCGACAGGCGAAGUAUCCUUCGAAUGCCCUGAGGUCCUGGACAGAAGAAAGAAGGAAGAGGGCUACUUCUUGAUUCCGGACGCAAAACUUCGCCCCCCUCAGCAGAAAUUGCUUCCACGCUUUCUGGAAGAAAGCCAUAUCCCUGGCGUUGAGCCUGGAUCAGCCCCAAAAAAAACCACUUUCUGGCUCAAUAAUGUCCUUGUCUACCUUACUGCUUGUCUCAACUCGGUUGAAAUCCAAGAAGUGUCCGUUGUUGAAGUGGUCAAGGCCGGUCUGGAUCAGGGUCUCAAUGAUUUCAGCGCCAUGGUCUUCUCGAUUCUUCAUGCUGUCCUAGUCCAGGUCAAAGUCGAAAAGGACGGCACAGUGAAUGUGAUAAGGUCCCCUUCUUUGCCCCUGUUCUGGAAGUAUGACAAAGAGGAUGGUCAGGACGAUGGUCAGGACGAUGAUAAGGGUGAUGAUAAGGGUGAUGAUCAGGACGAGGAUAUUGACGAAGAGAACGGUGACGAUAACGACGAUAAUCAGGAAGACGAUAAUCGUCAAGGCGAGGAUAUUCACAAUAACGACGAUGGUCAGGAAAACGAUGGUCGUCAGGAUGAGAAUGAUCACGAGGAUGAUUGGGACGAUGACAGCCAGGCCGAUGGAGACGAGGCCGAUCAGGACAACGACAUUCAAGAUGACGAGGGCGGAAAACCCCCAUACGAGCAUUCUAACUUUAUCGCACUAAUACAUUUUUUCAAUGCAGCGGAAAGCCAAAAGCUCACGGGGACUAAAUCCUCCAUCUUCCCUAACGAGGUCCUGUCCAUUAUCAUGCAGUUCUCGGAUGUCCACACAUACCACACGCUCGCAAAAGUCUCUUCUUACUGCCGGAAGGUGGCCUAUACCAAUUUUCGGUUGAACAAUGACUACGCAGUGGUUGGCAAAGGAGACCGCUAUGGUCUGCUGCUGUUGAAGGAUCUACAGACUGGAGCCAAAAUCAAAUCAUCGUUCUCGCAAAAAGGGCGUCAUGUACUUUCUCAACUUGGCCUUAUGGAUUCUGAUGAUGACGAGCCUAAUGAUAAGGAGCUGUGUAUGAGUCCGAUGAUCGGGAUUGCGGAUGUCAAAAGAACCAGCAUCAUGGAUCGCAUUAAGCUGACCUUCUCGAGCAUCGGUCCGAAGGAUCCUUUCUCCAAGAAAUCCGAGUACCCUGAGCAGACCGAGUUCUACUGGACGACCGACCCCAGAGUCAAUAAGGCAGAACGUGUCUUGGAAAUUCAAGACUACGAAUACUCUGGAUCCGUCGAAGAGGCCUGGGGCCGCUACCUUAGCGAAAUGGUAAAAGGCUCCAACUCGUUCAUGGUGGCUGUCGGAGCUGCUACCUUCCGCUGCCUUCUUCGCCCUGGAUAUCGUGAGUUGAAAUUGGACGGCCUCCUUUUCAAAAACGGACUCCGUGCCUUCGUGCGUCGCCCCCGCGAUGAUUCGCCAAAAGAAUGGGAAAUGUCACUCGAGUACGCCACCAGUGCACUCGCCCUCGUCGAAGCUACCGGCGAUAAUCGACGCAACCCUCCAGACGAGCUGCGCGGAUGCUUCGCCAUCGUGGCCUUCGGAACCAGAUACAAGCUGUUCUACUAUGUCCACUACGACCCCAACCCGUCUCCGCCUCUCGAGCCCGCUACCAACAACUCGUACAGCAAGCAGAUCGCCGCAAAGGUUACCGACCCGGUCUCGGGGAAUCGCCUGAUCCAGCUCAUUCCCGGUGACGAGCCGAUGGACCUGCGCAACAGCAAAGGAUGGGACAAGUUGGCGCAUUGGCUCGGAUUGAUCAGUGGCAGCUCUCUUGGAAAGGAUCAGGUGUACGAUCUCAUUUCUGACAAGUAUGUGUCUACCCCUAAGAAGUCGCCAGAGUAACGUAACGACAACGGGACCUGGCCCUGGACCUCGGUCUGCAACGGAGUCGAGAUGUUGAGCAUUCACGACUGUCUUUUUUUAUUUUUAUUUUUUUUUAUUUAUUUAUUUAUUUUUUUUUUUUGGCUCGUUCUAACUCGUCAUGGGAAAUGUGACAGAGAAAGGGAGCUAAUUGCGCUAUGACAUUGUAGGGCUAAACAACAAGAGGGAAAAACAGAGGAGAAGCGCUCAGAUUGUAUGAGUGUGCAAUGACUUUAUGUAUCUGUUAGUCUAAUAUGAUAGGAAAAAUGAUUAGGAACACAAAUGACAGAUGAUCUGCAAGGU